CUUACUUGCCGUUGGCAUAUAUGGAUCGGAGCCAGUCGGCAUCAGCUUCCAGUAGUAGUGGAACGGGAGGUCCCAAACCGAGAAUCAAGUCGUUCAGCCGAUUGAGUACUCUUAGUUCGACACGGGGUGCCGGCGUUGAUGGAUUCACGUUUCCCUUACAGACGGCGGAUGAAAUCGAACGGCUAGAGGUGGCCGUUCGAGAGGACCGGACGCUAUGGAAUCAGUAUGUGGAAUACCUACGGGACAAGAAAACCGAAAUCAUGGACAUCCCGAGUGUGAUGAAGCUGCUGUUCCUGGACGAAGCCCUCGAUGGAUACAACUUCAACGGCAUUCAGGGCCGCAAGAUGCAGAAGCGUCCGCUCAAAAUGUACGCCAUCUUCAUCGAUUGUAUGCUGGAUGCGUGGGCCGAGUACACUGUAGAAGUACUUUGUAAAACGGUGGAAGAUGCCAUCCGCAAAACCCAUUUCCGUCAUUCGAAGCGUGUUUACCGGGCCAAGAAGGCACUCGAGGAAGAGAAACUGAUAUUCGAACCGAAAACAAUCUACUUGGGGCAUCAGCAAUCACCACAUUAGAAUUCGAAUAGAAUAAAAAUAAAUAAAACCUCUGUACCUAUGACGCGUGUUUCAUUUGGAAUUGGCAAUCUAGUACUACUUCACCCGCCAUCACUAAUCGAGUGCUUUAUUUUUAGUGCUCAAGCGGAUCGAGCUGUUCAAACUGAGCGCACAACAAGGUGUCGACAAUUUUACAUUCCCCAUCCCGGACAGUGAUACAAUUGAGCGGUUAGAGGCCGCAGUCCGGAUGUUUCCCACCGUUAGGAAACAAUACAUCGAGCACCUACGGCGAAUCAAGGAGCAAACCCAGAUGGUAACGAAAGCGUUUCCAGUUCUGUUCUCCGAUGCAGCCCUGGACAACUACAACUAUAAUGGGACUGGUCGGAAGGAGCGUCGUCCCAUGAAGGAUUACCACGUGUUUCACGAUUGCAUGCUAGAGGCAUGGCGCGUGGAUGGCGUAACCGAAGAACACCUCCAGGAGAGCAUCAACGUGGUCAUCAAGCGGGCCGACGGCCGGAAACGGGCCAAACUGUUCAACUUCCGCCGGCGGAUCUUCCAGAACGUGGGCACCAUCUUCUCCAGCUAUCCGGAGGGAUUUCCGGACAGCUUUCCCAACAUACAGUCCUAAUGGGAUGGCCUGGUUACGCCAGUGUGGUCGUGCAGUACUAGAUUAAGACGAAUGCAAUAUUUAUUUUAGCGCGUAUUUUAAUGUGAUUUCACAUUCAGCAUAUUUAUUUAUGUAUAACCUACCGAAGUAUUUUCAUAUUUAAGGUUCAUCGACAUUUUAAACCGAAUUCAACUGUGACAUCGAAGUGACGUUUUUUAGACGCAUUUUAGUUUAUUUUACCGUUAAUGUGAGACUGCUGUUGUACCAGAGCAUUCUAGGCCCAUACUAAUUUUGAACAUACUUGAGCAAUUUUUAGAUAAUGGUUCAUUCCAUCAUAUCCAAUCUCCGUACUAUGUGAUCUUUAUGUUUUACAUUUUAUUAUUUUUCAAAUGGUGAAAAUGUAGUAAUCUAGGCAAUCCCGUACGUAGUACAGCGUACUAGAAUAGUAUAAAAUGUAAAGGGGAAGAGAAAAUCCAAACAAUGAAGUAUCUGUGGUCAAGAACUGUUUGAUGAUACGAGGAUGGCCUAUCUCGAGUUUUUUUCGUUGUUAAAUCAAAUUUCUUCGUAGAUUUGGUUUCCUUGAGAUUGUGUUUACUGCUCAAGGGAUUUUCUCAGCUAAUAUCUCAAUUUGAACUUGCGGUUUUUGUGAGCUCUAAUAAAACAGCUUGAAAGUAU